GCGCAGGGUCGCGCGCGGUAGCGAAGGAGGCCCCGUGGCUGCGAGGACCCUGCUCCGUUACCCGGCGACGGCCGCUCCCUGAGGGACCGCCUGUCGAUUGCCUGUUCCUUGACCCGACUUGAUCUUACACAUCACUGUUUGAGACUGCACCUGUAGAAAGAACAUUUUCCUUUCCCGUUAUAUUUUAAAUCGUAAUCAUUUUGAUCAUUUGCCCUUAUUGAGCGCUUUAGCAUCGCCAUCCAUAUACCUAAUACUAUGCUUAGGGCUUUGAACAGUAUCCCAGUUGAUUCUCCUGAUAACGCUAUGAAGUAGGCUCAGUUAUUUUAUAGCUAGAAAACCAGAGUUACAGAAAAAUUAAGUAACUUACUCAAGGCCACCCAGCCAAUUGAAGAGAAAUGGUGUUUUCUAUUUCAAAGUUGCUGAUGAAUUUUAAAUGGAAAUUCUUUGUUUCAUUGCAUUUCCUGAUUAUGUCUGUUCGGUGUGUUAAUCCCAAUUUAGAGCAAAUUAAGGAAGAGCUUCUUUACACCUGUAAUUCCUAAGAAUUUGGGCAUCCCUGGCAAAAAGCGUCUGAAUAUAGCAGCUUUGGGAUAAUGACUCUUCUUAUUGUUCACCUGAGUUAAAUAAGCAACUUGUGCACUUUAAUCUCCUGCCGGUACCUUCUGGCCAGCUGAAGACGUUUUGAAAUCUCAGCUUAAAGACAGCCAGCCAGCCAAAGUCUUAAUCUUGCCUUAACAAUGUUCCAGAGGCUGAAUAAAAUGUUUGUGGGUGAAGUCAAUACUUCUUCCAACCAAGCACCAGAAUUCAGUGAGAAAGAAGAUGAUGAAUGGAUUCUUGUUGACUUCAUAGAUACUUGCACUGGCUUCUCAGCAGAAGAGGAAGACGACGACGACAUCAGUGAAGAGUCCCCUACUGAGCACCCUUCGGUCUUCUCCUGUUUAUCUGCAUCUCUUGAAUGCUUGGCUGAUACAAGUGAUUCUUGCUUCCUCCAGUUUGAGUCCUGUCCAAUGGAGGAGAGCUGGUUUAUCACCCCUCCCCCAUGUUUUACUGCAGGUGGAUUAACCACUAUCAAAGUGGAAACGAGUCCUAUGGAAAACCUUCUCAUCGAACAUCCCAGCAUGUCUGUGUAUGCUGUGCAUAACUCCUGCCCCAGUCUUAGUGAGGCCAGCUGUGGAACUGAUGAACUUCAUAACCCAAGUAGUCCCAGAGUGGAAGCUCAGAAUGAAAUGGGGCAGCACAUUCAUUGCUAUGUUGCAGCUCUUUCUGCUCACACAACUUUUCUGGAUCAGCCCAAGAGCUUUCGCCCUUCCCAGUGGAUAAAAGAACAUAGUGAACGACAGUCUCUUAACAGAAACAGUCUUCGUCGCCAAAAUCUUACCAGGGAUUGCCACUCUCGGCAAGUCAAGCACAAUGGCUGGGUUGUUCAUCAGCCCUGUCCACGUCAGUACAAUUACUAAGAAUUUCAAGUUGUAUUGGUUGGUUUCUCUUGGUUUGUACAUAAGUGUGUGGAUGUGUGUAUAUGUACAAUGAAAAUACUGUCUCUUUACAGCCAACUGAUGACCAAUCACAUAGUUUUAUCGGUGUGUUUAGACACUAUCUUGAAAACUAGAUUUAUAUGCUGUAUAUCACAUAAUGCCUUGCUCUUAACAUUUACUUUUUUGUAAAUUUUUUCAGAUAUUUUUUGAAACAUAUCAAUACAAUGACAGUGUUUGAUGUUUGGGGAUGUCUUUAAAUCUAUUAAGGUGUACAUGAGUUAGCAUUUUAAAGACAUUGCUUCCCAAGUACAAGAAUGGGCAUCUUUCGAUUUCAUUUUGUUUUAUUAAUCAAUCUUUUGAGUAAGCAAAAAUUUAUUCUCAGGGUCAGCCAUAGACUAUUGACCAGUACUUGAUAAUCUUUUCUGUAUAUAUGAAUACAUUUUUACACACUAACAUAAGCAUUAACCAGGUGAUAGUUGCCAUGGAUAUAAUGGAAUUAUGGCUGGACUUUUUUUUUUUUUUUGAAAGAAAACUUGAUAUAUUUCUGAGUGUAUGGUUUUUUUCCUUUUUUUUCAGAUUAGUCAUUCAGUUCAUUUUGGAAUUCAGGUACAUUAAGCUUUAGUGAACAGUGCAUUCAGAAAUUCCAAUGUGACUAUGUGACAUGGUACAGACAUCACAGGUGUUGUGUGCAGAGGGAUUAACUUAGACCUGUGAAAUUAUAUUUGGAAAAAUUCAUGUCUACAACUGACCUACUAGUCCAAUAUUUAAGUUGUUUCAAUUUCUUCCUGCCAUCUCUGCCCCUCCCCACCUCACAUUAGCUAUAAAUUCACAAGUACUUGCCCAGGAACUUGUGUGACUUCUUAUUUAUAUCUGCCCAGGGGAAAAGAGGCUUCCAGUUCCAGGGAAAAAUACUCUGUCGUGGGGCUGCUCCUGCCAAGUGGCAAGCAAGGGUGAGGGGGGACUUCCGGUAAUGUCUUUCGUAGCUUCUAAGUAGAGAGUGACAGGCUUCCUUGACUUUUUACGUUUUGAUUUAACUUCAGACAAAAUCUUUAACCACUUUGGCCUCUUGUUUCUUCCACCAAGGAGGGAGUAGUGAUACUUAUCUCCCUCACAGAGUUGUUGUAAGGGUUGUAUGCUGAUUUGAAGUGGGGCUGUCCAGAACUGAACCUUGUAGUAAAUUCCAAGGGCCUUUCUGCUAAAUCCGGUGAUGCCGUGAGGCUGAGGCAGUUUCUCUGCCACAGUUGUUCUUCACAGUGUUGGUGCUAAUGAGGCCAGGGUGUAGGGUUCGAUUCAUAAGUAGGCCAGUGCAGAGAAAAUCUCUUUCCUACCUUUAGGCAGUCACUUCCUUUUUUAGCAGUUGUGAUGGGUUUUGUUGAGCCAUCCACACUCUCACCAGUUUCCUCUGAAAUUAAGUAAUUAUACAUUUACAGUCUGAAACACUUUCUACCAGCAGAGCAGUAGUGUCUCAUUCAUAACCAAACAGCUUAUUUUUCCAUCUUCUCUUCAGCCCUAAUUAAAUGUAUACACAUAUACAUGUCUGUAAAGUAUUUUCAAGGAAAAGAGCAGAAUUUAGUUAUGUAAAGUAUUAUAUUUUUCAAUAACCCUGCAACAGCUUGAUGCAGGGAAUACUGGGAGACUUUCAGGGAAGAGCUGUGCUCUUUUCUGACCAUUUGAAGUUGAAAGAGGUCAGAUAUGUUAGCUAGGUUUUGGUUCUGGAUUGUUCUUCCAUUGGCUAUGGUUAAUGCCAGGAUGUCUUUUUAGAACAAGAAUCUGGACUGUCCCCUUUCUCCUAAUUGCCCCUUCUGUUUUGAUUUUCUCUUUAUUUAUUUGUUUUCUAAGUAGGGGCCAAGUCUGUAAAGUUUUGUCAAACUGAGUUAAAAGUUAUUUUGUUACUAUUUGUGUUUACCAGAGUUGGGAGAUAAGGUAGAGCUUUCAUGAAGGUGUGUAUGUUUUACACCAUGUCUGUUAUAGGGCCAUGUGUCAGUAACUUGAAAAUAGACCAGCUAAAUGUCUUCAGGAUGUAAGCCUCUGAAUACAUGGGGUCUCUUUUUCAUAUAUUGCAUGCAAGUUGUUAGUACCUCAAGAGAUACAAAAGUUCAGCCAUGAGAAUUUGUUCAGCAGUAUGAACAGUUUUGUAUAUAGAGCUGUGUAGUGGUCUCCCCCCACCCCCCAGAUUUCCUGAUACUUUAAAUUCAUUCAUAUCUCUUACCAGUUAAUUGAAUUUUUGUUUGCUUUGUCUGAACCUAGCCUUCUAUGCUUUGUACCUUAAAAACAAAAAAUUUUAGUCACUAGGUUAAGAUUACAACACCAGCUGUGAUAGACUGUGGUUUCUGUGUCAGUGUCUAAAGUUUCUAAAAUUGGCACAUGUAAGAAUUGAAGAAAAUGGUUAUGUAAUUCAGUUGAAGUUCUUGGUCAUUAGAUGUUAGACAUCUACUGUGUGUAGGACACAAGGCCAAUAAUAACACAGAACCAUGUUGACCUGUUAAGUAUUCUCUGAAACAUGGCCAAAAAUGCAUUUUAUUAUGAGCUUAUUAUUAUUUCUGUUAUAAACAUUAGUGGUUUACAGUGUGCUUUAGUGCAUAUUUCUUAAACAUUCAAGCAGUGAGAAAUAAGACCCCUUUGAGUUUAGUUUGCUCUGACUGUUUCUAAACUGAUAACAGAAUAUUACUUGGUGUGCUUUGUGAACGCAUUUCAUUAGCUUUUAUAAUGCACCAUGCUUCUCAAAGUUUGUUUUUGUUAAUAAAAUAUUUUAUAAUAUAUAUCCUAUGUUUAUUACUUUUUCCUCCUCAACCAGUUGAAUUAUGUACUGCACUGUAAGUCUGAAGAUUAGAGCCAUCCAUUAUUUAUCUUCUGUGGCAAUGCAUUUUAUAUGGUUAGUUGGGUGGGGAAUUUUUUGCAGAAAAUGCAAAGUAAUUAGAUUUUUUACUUCCUAUUGCAGAUGCCCUUUUAAUAUUAAUUUCCUGAACAUUUUUCCAAUUCCCAUACAAACUGUUCCUGUUUACAUAUCUUCUCUGUUGUUAGUACUUUGAUCCUAGGGAGAAAACGGUUUACUUACAACUUGAGAGUGCUGUUCAGCUUUGCCUAUUGGUUUUGCUUCUCUAAUCUGUAUAAUACACUGGUUUGUAAUCUGUGUCUUUGUUGAAAUCUGAGUUUCUUUGCUAUUUCUCUUCCUCUUCAAUGAACUAUAUUUAUAUUGUCUUUACCUAUCCUUAAGAAAAAAGAGCAAGGAAGGGUAUCUUUGUUAUCGUCAUUUUCUUUGAGAUGGAAACAAAAAAAUGAAGGACUCCAGCUAGAAGGUAGACAUUACAUUAAAAUAGACUAGUUUAAAAGUUCGAGUUUCCAAGUAUUAGUUUUUGUUUUUAGAAUCAGUUAAGAGACUGCUCCUUGUUCUAGGAGAUACUAGUAUGUGUUUGCAAUGUUACCUUAAAAUUAUCUUUUUAUAAGACCUAUAAAUACUGGUUAAACUCUUUUUAUAAGUUGGGCUUCUUUAUCAUGGAUGGUUGCACUGCCAUCAGCCAUGCUGAUACAUUAUAAAUGGCAUCCUUGUCUACUUACUGUAAUGCUUAAAAUCUUAUAUAAAAGGCUUUUAUUUAGAAAACCUAUAUAAUACAACAGUGUCAGCCUUGCCAAGAACCAGUUUCACUUGAAAUUUGACACCAACUAAGGUGGUUUAGGGUGGAGCAAGAGGUACUGGAAAGCAUAUAGAUAAGGUUAUCUUUUCUUAUUUGCAACAGUAUCCUUUAUGUGGGAGAAAAAGUUACUGUUCAAAGGAAGGCAGCUUAAGUGGAUAAUGUUUUAUGUAUCAUUGAGAAUUUUCUUUAUGACAUUUUUAAAAGUUGUAUAAUUGUUGAAUGUGCAGUUUUGCUCUGUGUUCGCCUAAAGUUUUUAAUAUUUGUUUUCUAGGUGGACUUCUAAAAACCAAACCAGUACUUGGGGAGGUUAAAUGUGUGUUUUCAGGCUUGGCGUGAAUGAGUGGUUUUGCUUGCUUUUUGGUUGUGUUUUCUUCCAGACGUUUUGAACUUUAAUCAAUAAUUGUGUGUGUUAUUAAAAAAAAAAAAGUGACUUUUUUUUUCUGCAGUAAAAUUGUGAACACAUUUUCUUUUCAAUGGCAGGGUGUGAGUUAUGGAAACUGAAGAGUAUUUUAGAUUGUACUAUGUGCCUUUCUUAGUGUGUUUCUGGACAAAUUUUUUUUCAACUUGAAAACUCAAGGGACAUUUGGUUCGGUUACAUGUAUACUGUGUAUCAAUCUAUGCAUAAAAUGGCAGCUUGUUUUCUUGAGCCACUGUCUAAAUUUUUUUCUGUUUUUAUAGAAAUUUUUUAUACUGAUUGGUUCAUAGAUGGUCAGUUUUUUACACAGACUGAAUACAGCACUUUGCCAAAAAUAAGAGUAGCAUUGCUUAAAUGUUGUGUGUUAACACUUAUUCUUUGAAAUUGGGUUCCGUGCUGCAUUUUGCACUGCCUGGAGUUACGGUUUUUAAUCUGUCAGUAAAUAAAAUGUCCUUUAACUUCA